AUGUGGAAGUUUGAGCUUUAUGCUAAACUCUUUCAACUAAAAUUAAGUAAUUAUGACAAGCACCCAUGGGAACACGGAGCCGAACAACGGAUCUUGCAGGGAAUCGAUCAACAUUCGACUCGUGAUGGCAAAACACGUUCCGGUCUGAUCGAUGUAGACGUAAUACGAGGUUCUGUUUUCGCUAAAGCUAAACCCGGUCAUGGUUGGAUGUCAGCUGUGCGUUGGGGUUUAUUGCGCGUGGCAUUCGCUCCAUUUUACUGGAACUACUGGCGGAGUCAUACAUCGUUUCGUGUUGCUGUUUAUAUCAUGAUUCACUUUUUCCUGCAAUUUUUACAAGUAGUAUUUUUCCUUCUGACGGACCCUCGAACUAGUAACAGUUCUCAAGAUGAUCUACUUCUUCCUUGCUUAUUAGCUAUAUGUCUGGGUAUUCUCCAUGCCCAUAUUACUGCUCCGCAUGGAAAAACUGGUUUAUAUUCGUCUUUUAUAGAUAAUCCAAUGACCAAUCAAUCUUUUAAAGAUAUUGGUGAGCAUAGCUUGAAUCCAAAUUGUUAUCAAUACAAUACGGAUAAUUUAUUAAAUAAUAAAUUUGGUAGUGUACAGACUGUUAUAAAUAAACAUGCUGAGUAUGACCAUUCAUCUUGGUUUCCUGUACAGUCAUCUACUUUUGAGCAACGCAAAUUUCCAACCAAUAUUUACUCAGAGAAUCAUCAAUCAAAUAACGCAUCAAACCCUAACAACGAAAAUACAAGCAAUACUUCAGAACAGUGCACCCAUUCAAGUUAUGAUUGCUUCGAAUGUUGUAAAACUCCUCAUUUAGCGAACACAACUUACGCCAAAGAUCAACGAAAUAUACACUGGAGAUCGGGUGAGAUGAAACCAAAAAGGCCAUUAACUUCAUGCCAUAAAUUUUCCAAGACUCAUCUUGACAGUGGUAAUCAUGAUGAUUGUUCUAAUCUAUACGGUCCAGGCGACAAUACUCAGCAUGAAGUAAAUGUCUCUGAUGUUACUUAUGGAACAGAUGGUGUACAGACUCCAUGUACGCUGGAUGAAGAGUGUGAACGAACUAAACUUCUUCACAAUUCACAAGUAUUAGAGCAUAGAUCAAGAGUUGUUCGAAGACGUAGGCGUCAAAAUAGUUACAACUCAAAGCAUGGUAAUUCAAGUCGUGGACAUGAUGCAGAUGUGGAAGAGAGUGAAGGUGAACUUUUGACUGUUUCAACUAAAAAGGAUGUUGGAGAGAUUGGUUUCAAUGACCAAACUGUGAAUAGUCCCAAUCCUGAUUUUAUUCCCCAGUUGCAGUUAAGAAGAGAUUUAAAUCCAGAUUCCGCAAUUCUACAUAAGAGGAAGCAAGUAUCUGAAUCUGCACUCAGCUUUUUAAAUGUACAUGCUCCUGCCAAACUAUCAAAAAAUUUGGGUGGUUUUCCAGCCAAUACCGAGUCUCCAUACAAAGUAGGUAUUUUGAAAACACAAUCUACGAGUGAUCCUCCUAUCCCAUUAAAGACCGACCAAUUUAUUGAACCUGAAUGCCUUCCACCUCAUUUGUCUCAUAUUUCAUCUUUAAGUAGUUCUUUUGACUCCCUCAUUGGAACUAGUCACCGUUCAUUAAAACGUUCACUGUCAAUGAGCUUUCUAAUACACCGUAAAAAUACUACAACUUAUAUGUUUCCAAACGAUAACUUAUUGUUGAAAAAGUCAUUCUCAGAUGCGUUAUUAAAUUUGUCAAUGGGUUUGGAUUCGUCACAGUAUCAUCUGUUUGAUAAGGAAUUACCGUUGCGACAAAAAAGAAAUUUUCGACUCAACUACAAUAAUAUGAAUAAUCCAGCUAGAGAAGUUCUAAAAUUACGUUCAUCAAACCAGCAAAAUCAUUUAAAUAGUGAAAAUACUUCAUUUCGUAAAAUAUCAUUAUCUUCACAUUCUUCAGCAGCUGCAGAAUCUUCUACCAAUUCUGCUCAAUCUUUCAGUUCUAUGAGAAAGUUUCAAAAAGGAAAUCGCCGGAUUUUCGAAUUGGAAUCUGUACAUGAUAUUGGUGCAGAAUUGACAGCCAAUCCGAAGUGUGGCCAAUCUAGUGUUGACAAACAUUUGGACAAAAAGACAUGUUCUAGUUACACUAACUUAUUUGAAUGCCAAUUAAUUGAAGAUAUGAAAUCUGCUGUCAAACCAGUUGAAUUAUCCAAAGAAUUCCAAAAGUUGAAUGAACUGAACGAGGAACGUGACUUACAACUAGAUAAUUAUGACUGUCCAGAAUUUAAGAAUAAAUCUUAUGAAUAUAUCAAUAAAGAUAAUACUAUUACCAUGUUCAACAGACAACGUGCAAAAUAUUUACGUUUAUUUUUACAACGUGCUUCUCACCUACAACAUCCACGUGUUGUUAUAAACCCUACUCAAACUGAUACAGAUAUGCUUGAGUCAGAUUCAGCAGCUAUAUUGGAUAAUAAAUUAUCAAAUGUCAAUUUAAAAUAUUCAAAUAAAUAUAUUUCUACGUCUAAAAAUCCUGAUAUUAAUUUUAAACCAUGCAAUCAACGUUUAUCAUUGUUGAACUCGACGAAUAAAAGUUGUUUAAAGUCAACUUCACCGAAAGUAUUUUACGAUUGGUCUGAGGCUAAUUGCAUGCCUGGAAGUAUCAGUGAUCGAUCACCUACGACAUCACCAACAGCAACAAUCGAUCUUACAAAUUCACAAGAUGCCGUUAACCAUGCUUCUCAACGAAAUAUGAAGCAGUAUAUUGAUCCUAAUAAUGGUUUUGUUCGUGAUAUAUACUCGCAUUCACAUUACUUUUCUAAAAAUGAAUCGCAAUAUGCAAAUAUGAAUGCUCGAGGUCAGACAGCUUCUGAAACUGAAUACUUUGAUCGAAUCAAUAGUGAUUUGGGAAGUGAUGUUGACUCUUCAUCCUGUCCUGAUGAAGUAGAGUCCCCAUCUCAACCUUCUCGUGAAAAUGAAUUACAAAAUUGGCAACAUUCGAAUCCCAUACUAGAUGUAACUGUAGAUACAGCUAAUAAACCUCAAGCACUUAAUAAAGAUCAAGUGUCAAGGCGAUUUGAUUAUCGUUCUCGUAUUAGUAAACAUUAUUGUCCAAAAUGUUCUUCACGUCUUAACAUUUUUCUAUCAACAACUACUGAUUCGGGACGAAUGAAUAGUUUCAACGAUCUCAAAUGUGUGGAUAAUGAUGGUCAUCAAAAACCUACUGAAUCUCAUGAAGUAUAUGAAUCACCACAAUCUAUAAAGACCACUAUGAAGAAUGAAUGUUUGUCUAGUGCACAUGAAAAUGCUCUACUCUCCAUGGAUUUUGAAGUGAAAGAGAAAAAGUUAGACAGUCCAGUAACGAAGGAGAAUAUUAGAAGUAUUCACAUUAAAUCUCACUUAACAAGGGAUUCAGAUGUUCAUAACAAUUUACUAUCGGCAAAAACUGAUACUGUUCGUUGUUAUAUGUGGGCUGGACAGAAAUUGUCAAAAUUCAAUUUAUCCAUGUUAGACAUUGGAAAGAAUGUGAUAUAUGCUGUUGAAAGACAAAGUAUUUCAUCAGAUUACAUCAUAUUUGCUUGUAUUGCAACAUUUGUACUACCAUUUAUAUCUGUCAUAUUUCAUUCAGCGAAUUUAUCAAAUGUACUACUGGAUGAUGAUAACAGCAUUAACAAUGGCAGUUGUGAUAGUAAUACUAAUACUACUAAUCAAUAUCAGUCAUUAUUUAUAACAACAGAAGGGACAGUAUUAUUUUUCGGCAAUAAUAAUUCAUCAAAUCAAACAUUCAAUACUAACAAUGCUGUUUUUGGAAAUACAAUAAUUGGGUUGUAUUUAAAUGCUAUAUUAAGUUUAUUUAGUCAUUUAUUGUCUGCUGUUGCAAUAAAAAUGCAUAAUAUAUUAAUCGAUACGAAUUUGCAAACUUCUCGCUGUUCCCAAUCCUAUUGUAUUGUAUUCUGGAAUAUUGUGACUGGCCAAUUUUUAAUUGAUUGGUUUACAAAACCAGAUAUACAAGGACGUUUGGUCAUUUUCAUUGGAUUUAUAUUACGCUUCAAUGUUUACGGCACAGUGUUUUUUCUUUUAUGCAUUGCUGAGCGUACAUUUCAAGAGCGUUUACUUUAUGCCAAAUAUUUCUUUUCUUUAACAUCUGGUCGUCGUGCUUUGAAAUAUCGUGUACCACAAUUUCGUUUAAAUAAAGUUGGUCAUAUAAAAUGUUGGUUAAUGCUUCGAUCGUAUUUGAAAAAACGUGGUCCACAACGUUCAGUUGAGCAUAUUAUGACUACAGCAUUUUAUAUUGUUUUUACACUUGGUCUUAGUUUAUGCGCUCAACUUCUUUCAAAAAGUCGUACGAGCGUGUUCACUCAUUUAACUAAUUGGGAUAUUUUGGGCCUUUCCUUUGGGAUUAUUGUAUUUCUUUAUCGAUUUAUUUUACUUGGUACAAAAAUUACAAAAAAAUAUCGUAAUUUCUCUGUACUUAUUACUGAACAGAUCAAUUUAUAUUUAAGUAUGGAGAGUAAACCGCAUAAAAAAGAAGAUUUAAUGCUUACAUUUCAAGUGUUACGUUUAGUUGAAGGCUUGCUGAAAGAAGUUGAUGGUCCAUUUCGUGUAUGUGGUUGGACAUUGAAUCCAUUAGUGUAUAAUAUAUUUAAAUUAGUUUUACUUUCUUGUGUCUCCACUCUACUAUCAGAGUCAUUGGGUUUUAAAUUAAAAUUAUACAAAUUAAAAUUAAAUCCAUCCAAUUGGUAA